GGACACCUUCCAGUGGAUCACGUUGCCCAUUGCCCCAUCCCAGCUGGCGUUGAGUAUUUCCAGGGACGGGGCAUCCACAACUUCUUUGGGAGGCAGCUUCGUCCAACGCCUCACCACCCUCACGGCCCCUGGCACGGAAGGCCUCAGCUCCCUGGGAAGCCCGGUGGUGACGAAUCAUGUUUUCCAGGCUCCCGGGGCUGGGCGGCAGCAGCCGGGCCGGGCCCGCCUGGCCUCGGGACGGGCUACGAGGCGCGGGGUCCGGGGCUGCCGGCGGGUCCCGGGCAGCGGCCCGGCCCCUCCCACCCUGCGGCGGCUCCUCCUUGCCCGUCCGCGGCCGGUCGGGGGUCGGGGCUGUGCCGGCGCCGCCGCCCGAUCUGCGCAGGGAAGGCCAUCUGUGGAAAAGAAGGAGAAAAAAUGAAGCUCUUAUUAGUAAUAUUUCUCAUGAAUUUACUACAUCAGUAUGCUGGGAAGUCUUUGAGAAGAGAUGGAAGUUCCUUGAAGUCAUUUGAAGACAUUAAAAAUGAGAUAUCUGGCUAUACUAAUAUUGCUAAGGCUAUUAUUGAUCUUGCUGUUCAUGGAAAGGCUCAGAACAGAUCCUAUGAUAGAUUAGCCGUUUUUGCUGAUACCAUAGGACCUAGACUCAGUGGUUCAAAAAACUUAGAGGCAGCCAUCAAAUAUAUGUUCAGUGCCCUGCAGAAAGAUGGGCUGGAAAAUGUGCAUCUAGAGCCUGUGAAAGUACCACACUGGGAAAGAGGAGAAGAGUUUGCAGUGAUGCUGGAACCAAGGAAUCACAGCAUUGCUAUUUUGGGACUUGGGAACAGUAUUGCAACUCCUCCAGAAGGAAUUACAGCAGAAGUCAUAGUUGUGGCCUCAUUUGAUGAACUGCACAGACGAGCUCAGGAGGCCAAGGGGAAGAUUGUCGUCUACAAUGAACCUUUCAUCAGUUAUGGUGAAACUGUGCAAUACAGGUUACAGGGAGCAGUGGAAGCUGCUAAAGUUGGAGCAGUGGCAUCCCUCAUUAGGUCUAUUGCUUCUUUUUCUAUUCACAGUCCACAUACUGGGGGGCAGAGUUACCAGCCUGAUGUGCCCCAAAUUCCCACUGCUUGCAUCACUGUGGAAGAUGCUGAAAUGAUGUCACGAAUGUCUCUCCGUGGCACUAAGAUUGUUGUGCACCUGAGGAUGGGAGCUAAGACUUAUCCAGACUCUCUGUCCUUUAACACUGUGGCAGAAAUAGUUGGAAGCAAGUACCCAGAGCAGGUUGUAUUGGUCAGUGGACAUCUGGACAGCUGGGAUGUUGGGCAGGGAGCUAUGGAUGAUGGUGGUGGAGCAUUUAUAUCAUGGGAAGCAUUAUCACUCAUUAAGGAUCUGGGACUUCGUCCAAAAAGGACACUGCGCUUGGUGCUAUGGACAGGAGAGGAGCAAGGAGGAGUAGGUGCCAAGCAAUACUAUCAGUUGCACAAGGAAAAUAUCUCCAACUUUGAUAUCGUUAUGGAGUCUGAUGAGGGCACCUUCAAGCCAUCUGGACUGGGUUUUUCUGGCAGUGCUGAAGCCCGGGACAUCGUGAAAGAGAUCAUGACUCUGCUGCAGCCCAUCAAUGCUACAGAUGUUUAUGACACCGCAGAUGGAACAGACAUUGCUUACUGGAUGAGAGACGGGGUGCCUGGUGCCAGCUUGUAUAAUGACAACAAUAAAUACUUCUGGUUUCAUCAUUCUCAAGGGGACACGAUGACAGUUCAGGAUCCAAACCAGAUGAAUCUCUGUGCUGCUGUUUGGACUGUUGUCUCCUAUGUAAUUGCUGACAUGGAGGAUAUGUUGCCAAGGUAAUAAAACAGCAAGAAAGAAGAUUUCUGUUCUUCAGUAAAGAUUGCAAGUCCACUAAUGCAUGUGGAUUGUAGCUGUAGUAAAAUUCUGCUACCCUUGGUUUUCUGUUUUAUUAUUAUAUCUGUUUUCCUCAAAACACACUCUCUUUUAUGCAUUCCUGCUUCUUUUUGCUGUUUUGGUCUCUUCCAUUUAUGAUUUUCACUUAGAUGUAUUCCUUUAAGUAGUUCUUAUAUUUCAGAUGAAGAUAUGAUACCUCUUUGACUAUGAUAUAAUAACCAUUUGAAUGCACAGUGAUCUUGUGCAGAAGGAAAAAUAUACCAAAUAAAUUUUUUUGCAUCAGAA